CCGGAGAACAUCGGAGCUGUUCGUCGCGACCUCGUUCACUGCGGCUCCAUCGCCAGGCGGACUAGCCCGCUGCUUUCAUCCGAGCCCGGAGCGCAGACUGUCGGAUCUCCUACAUUCCCAGCGUCGGUUCCGUGAACGCCUCCAGCUUCGGUCCAAAUGCAAGCCAUCAAAUGUGUGGUGGUCGGUGACGGGGCUGUAGGAAAGACCUGUCUGCUGAUCAGCUACACUACAAAUGCCUUUCCUGGUGAAUACAUUCCCACUGUCUUUGACAACUACUCUGCCAAUGUAAUGGUGGAUGGGAAGCCAGUGAACCUGGGCCUUUGGGAUACGGCAGGACAAGAGGACUAUGAUAGACUCAGACCUUUGUCUUAUCCACAGACGGAUGUGUUCUUGAUAUGCUUCUCCCUGGUCAGUCCGGCCUCCUUUGAGAACGUCCGAGCUAAG